AUGCUCAGACAGACAGUGCUCGUCUUGGGCCUCGUCGCCUGUGUGCUCGGUUCGGCGCUUCCAGUGCGUCGUCUGCCGCACACUGGACCAGCUCGGCGUUUCGCUCUCUCCAGGGGACGCAUCUACGGGGGACACGACGCCGCCAGAGGCGAGUUUCCGUACCAGGUGUCCCUGCAGCACGUGGUGCUGGGCCUGCGGUACCACAACUGUGGUGGCUCCGUCCUCUCCAGCAACGCCAUCCUCAGCGCCGGACACUGCGCCGUCAGCAUUGGAAGCUACAUUGCCGUCGCCGGAGACCACGAUUUGAGCAGCAAUGAGGGCAGCGAGCAGGAGGUCGGAGUCUCGGACCAGACUAUCCUGGGCGAAUUUCCGUACGAGGUAUCCCCCGUCCUCUCCAGCAACGCCAUCCUCACCGCAGGACACUGCGCCGUCAGCAUUGGAAGCUACAUCGUGAGUAUGACCACUGUCACACUACACCUGCCAUUUUGCCCCAGAUGGUUAGACCAAGUUGGUGGGCUAGACUUGCAAGUUCAAGAUGUGAAACACAAUGGAAGCAAAUUUAACCAGGUCGACCAUGUAACAUGUCGUUGGCAGGCCGUCGCCGGAGACCACGACCUGAGCAGCAAUGAGGGCAGCGAGCAGGAGGUCGGAGUCUCUGACCAGACGGUGCAUCCCGACUAUCCUGGAGGUGUAGCUCCAAAAGACAUCGCCGUCUUCCUGUUGGAGUCCUCUCUCUCUCUGGGAACGUACGUCCAGGCCAUCAGCUUGCCGAGCGCCGGUUCAAUCCCUGCAGAUACGCCAACACGCGACCACGCACGUGGAUCCAUUGCCGUCCUUUCUGGCUGGGGUGCAACGGAAACGGCCAACACACCUGACAUGCUCCAAACUGUAGACGUCACUAUAAUCGACUAUGAAACUUGCAGCCAAAAUAUCGACGACCAGGACUUCGGUUCCAACCCGCUUACGGAGGCUAUGGUCUACACGGGACCCAUUUAUGAUGGCAUCUCCGUCUGCGGUGGUGAUUCCGGCGGCCCCCUGGCGCAGAACGGCGAACUGAUCGGUGUGGUGUCCUGGGGAGUGGACCCGUGUGGAUAUCCAGGCGCUCCGUCCGUCUUCACCAGAGUAUCCGCUCACCUGGACUUCAUCAACCAAAACGCGCGAAGAGUCAUUUCACUUGCAUAA